ACAAGACGUGAUGGAACACGAAGAUUCGCCAAAUAGGUCGAGAUUUCCCUAAAUUAAACCCAGAAAUCUCCCUAUUCAUCACCAAUGGAUUGGAGUUUAUCAACUCGGUAGUCUUCUAAAGCGUCUUUCCUUCUUAUGGCUCGGUUUCGGGAUGAGAAAAUAACAGAAAAAUGGUUAUUUCGGACAGAAGUGGUGGUGGUGGUGUUGCUGUGUUUGUUAGUGUACUCUGACGAAACUAAAAGCUGCACGAACAAAACAUCCCAAGGAAAAGGCCAAAAUUCGACCUAUUUUGAUUAUAAAUCUUCAGUUGUGGAAAACGAGUUCAUAGUUGUAUUUAAUGGAUACUAUUCGGAAUCUACAAGAGAGAAGUAUGUUGGAGCGGCACUUCUCUCUUCUGGUGUUCUAUCAUGGUACAUUAUUCCUCGGCAUAACCCUGCUAGUAACUAUCCUAGUGAUUUCUCCCUUCUCUUGCUAAAAGGUGAUUCAGCACUUGGUGUCAAAGCCCUUGCUAAACAUCCUAUGAUCAAAACCGUCACAUCCCAGAAGAAAGUACAAAGAUUUUUAAGAAGUGUUAAAGAGCCAACAGAACAGAAAAAUAAAAGUUCAAAAACUAGUGACUGUGCAGAGGGUGAUGAAGGUUGUUUUUCAUCUGGUGUUAUGGCAAGGCGGACAACCAGAUCAAGUUUGGCAGUGGGUCAAGGCUUGUGGCAUAACCAACAUAGACACAACCCAGGAGGCCGUCAUCUCAUGAGAGCUGUACCAAAACAGAUUUCUCUUGUUCUGCAAGCUGAUGUCCUGUGGGGUAUGGGAUUUACUGGUGAUGACAUCAGAGUAGCUGUGUUUGAUACUGGUCUACCCAAGAACCAUCCACACUUUAAAAAAGUAAAAGACCGCACAAACUGGACAGAAGAGAAAACUCUUGAUGAUGGUCUUGGUCAUGGUACCUUUGUUGCUGGGGUGAUAGCCAGUUCUCAAGAGUGCCUUGGGUUUGCUCCCGAUGCUGAGUUACACAUCUUUCGAGUGUUCACUAAUAAUCAGGUCUCUUAUACAUCCUGGUUCCUUGAUGCCUUCAAUUAUGCAAUUCACAAGAAACUCAAUGUUCUCAACCUGAGUAUUGGAGGACCAGACUUCAUGGAUCAGCCAUUCGUUGACAAGGUCUGGGAGCUGACAGCCAAUGGUGUGGUAAUGGUGUCUGCUAUUGGUAACGAUGGACCACUCUAUGGGACCCUCAACAAUCCAGCAGAUCAAAUGGAUGUGAUUGGAGUUGGUGGUAUUAACUUUGAUGACCAUAUUGCCAGGUUUUCCUCCAGAGGAAUGACCACAUGG